AUGGACUUAAAUCUAGCAGAUAUGGGUCUAGGAGGUACUAUUGCUAAACAAAUUGAUGAACUCUCUUUUUUGGGAUCCUUAAUUAUUAGCAAUAAUAAUUUUCAUGGGUUUAUCCCUAAUGAGAUUGGUAAGCUCAGCCAGUUUCAAGAAAUAGAGAUGCAGUACAAUGAGCCAACUGGAAGUCUACCUAUGGAUAUUUGCUUCAAUCUUACAAAGCUAGAGACGCUAAGAAUUUCAGUGAAUCAAAUGUGUGGCAACAUUCCUCCAAGCUUGGGAGCUUGCAUGAAUCUUAAACUACUUUCUCUGUCGUCCAAUAAUGUUGCCGGAAGCAUUCCAUUGGAAAUCGGGAAGUUGUCAAAGGCAUUUUACACUGUUUUUCACAAACGUUAUUCAAAAUGCAUGCCAUCUUCCAAACAUUUAUUAGAAAUACAUCAUGCAACAGUAACUCCAUGGGAAAUUGGAAACCUAUCAGCAAUUGAAUAUCUAGAUUUGGGGUCCAACAAUUUGAGUGGGAUGGGAAACAAUCCUUUCCACGGAAUAUUACCAAAAUCCUUAGGUAAUUUGUCAACAUCCGUUGAACAUUUUGAAGCCGAUCAUUGUGGUAUUAAAGGUAUCAUUCUGAAUGAAAUUGGUAAUUUGAGCAACUUGAUCAAGUUAGACAUUGGAAGCAAUGAAUUGACCGAGAUAAUUCCUAACACAUUGGAUUUAUCGAAGAACAAACUCAAUGGUGUAAUUCCCAGUUCAAUGGAGAAACUUGAGUACCUCGAGUACUUCAAUGUUUCAUUCAAUGAACUCAUUGGUGAAAUUCCAAAUGAAGGGCCUUUUAAGAACUUCAUGCCAGAUAUUUUCGUGGGCAAUAGAGAAUUGUGUGGAGCAUCUCAAUUUAAGGUCAAGACGUGCGAAGAUAAUACAACUAGAAUAUCAAACAAAACUAGAGUUUUGAAGUAUAUUUUACCAUCAAUUUUGAUCAUAAUUAUUCUGGCUAUUACCGUGAUUUAUUUAAUGAGAUGCUACAACAGAAAAACACUUCUUCCAGCUCUAACUACUUCCCCCAUCACCAUCAAGAGGAUAUCAUAUUAUGAAAUUCUUGAUGCUACAAAGAAAUUUGGUGAAGAGAAUUUGAUUGGCAAAGGCAAUGUUGGUUCAGUGUACAAGGGAGCAUUUUCAAAUGGAAUGAUUGUUGCAAUUAAGGUGUUUAAUUUAGAUUUGGUAGAAGCAAACAACAGUUUUGAUUCUGAGUGCCAAAUACUAUGCAACAUUCGUCAUAGAAAUCUUGUCAAGGUAAUUAGUAGUUGCUCUAACCUUGACCUUAAAGCUUUGGUAUUGGAAUAUGUGCCUAAUGGAAACCUUACCAAAUGGCUAUCUUCAAGCAACUAUUCCCUAAACUUAGCUCAAAGAUUGGAAAUAUUGAUAGAUGUCGCGUCUACGCAAGAGUAUCUACAUUAUGGGCAUCCCUCUCCAAUUGUCCAUUGUGAUUUGAAGCCAAGCAACAUACUUUUAGAUAAAGAUAUGGCUGUCCAUGUUGCAAGCUUUGGCAUUGCCAAGUUUUUCACUAAAGACCAGAGAAUUUCGAUUACUAAAACGUUGGGCACCACUAGAUAUAUGGCUCCAGAGUAUGGAUCAACUGGAUUAGUAUCAACUAUGGCUGAUGUUUAUAGCUUUGGGAUUAUGCUGAUGAAAACAUUUACCAAGAAGAAGCCAACAGAUGAUAUGUUUGUCGAAGAGUUCAAAAUGAGAAAAUGGGUGCUUGAAUCAUUCCCAAACGCAAUAGCACAGAUAGUGGGUGUCGAUUUAGUGAAUGCUGGUGAAGAUAAUAUUCGAGCUAAGGAGAGCUACUUCACAUUAAUCAUGGAACUAGCACUAGAAUGCAUGACUGAUUUGCCCAAGGAGAGGCUCAGGGCUAAAGAUGUUGUAACAAGGCUCAAAAAGAUUAAAACUCAAUUUUGUUAA